AUGAACAGUAGUAAAAGACGUCAAUAUGAAACGAAGAAUACAGAGGAUAGAAGUUUACAGUCGGUUCCAGCACCACCAACACCCUGUUCUGAAGACAAUUUUCAAAUUAGAAGUAUUCCACUCUCAACUCGUGACACUAAAGUAAAUGAUUUUGAUUCCACCGCGAUCUAUAAUCGAUCCGUUCAAGGCACUGGUAUGCCUUUCUCAUUCGAAGUUCAAGGAAUCGGGCUAUCUCGACCUGGUAGUGCAAUAAAAACAAACGAGCCGAUAAAAAGUCCUAUGAUUGGAAAUAUGAAACGUAUACGUUAUAUGACGAGAGAAGCAAAAGUGCGUGCAAAUGCAAAAGAACAACAAAAGUUAAUACCUGUCAAAGCGCUUUGGCAGUCUAAGCAAUGGAAACAUGUUCAAUCGAAAGUAAAACAAACUUUAAAGGAUCAAGAAAAAUCUGCUCCUCGUCCUCAAUCAGCACAUUAUCUGAAAGCCCACGAAAAUACUGGUCUACAGUUUAGGCGUCCACAAUCUGCUUCCACUUCUAGACAAAAUUCGGUUGCAUCUCCAAUUGACACCGUAAUAUCCUGUCAGAAAAUUGAUCACUCCAUACUCUCGAUAUUGAAUACUUAUCAUGUGUAA